GGGAGAGAAAGUGCAGAACAUAAGAGAGGUUACAACGAGAGAAAGCGAUAUAUACAUACAUGUAAAACACACAACUAAAACGUGUGCUCCGCCAUUUUUGAGACGAAAAGGAGCUCGAGUGAAAAAUAUAUGAUAUCUAGAAACGCAGAAGCGCAACCCUAAUUGCGGAAUUCUAUUGACCGAGUAUUUCAGGUUGAUCCAGUGGCCUUAUUUAUCUUGUACAAGCCUCUGGAACUUGUAAGGUGUGUAAAAGUCUUAUCGGCUGUCUUUAUUCAAAAUCAAUCAAUGGAGCUUAGGGUUUCAGCCCAAGAUAAAGAAAUCAGUGAUGAUGAUGAUGAUCGAAACCAUAAGCAUCGUAGAAGAGAUGAAACAAGGUUACAUUCAUUAGAUGAUGAUGUAUUUACAAAGCCAUACAAAAGAGAAAGUAAACCUUCUCAAAAUGGGUCUCACUCCAAUGAAACAUGGAAAAAGUACAGUUAUAACCCUUUGGAGAAAGAUAAAGGCUUUUCUCAUUUUUCGCGAGGACCUUCAGAUUUGAACCAGAAACUUAGGGUAAACCAACAAUUUUCUGUUGACCAUGGUAGUGUUUGGAGUCAAAGUCAACCAUUUUCUGUAGGCCCUCAUGGUCUUUUUGCAGGGAAGGGUUCAAAUUCAUGGGGUCCAUUUGGAUUGGAUAUGAAUAUGAAUAUGAUCCAUCAUCCUGUUGGAUUACAAGCAACAUUCAGACCACCUUCUUUAAACAUAGGACUUACAAGACAACGAUGUAGGGACUUUGAGGAACAAGGUUUUUGUCUACGAGGUGACAUGUGUCCAAUGGAACAUGGCAUGAAUCGUAUUGUUGUAGAAGAUGUUCAGAGCCUUUCACAGUUCAAUCUCCCUGUAUCACUUCCUAGUGCAAAUCUAAAUCUAUCUAUAGUGCCAGCUGGCACAGGACCUUCACCUUCAACAAACAGCAAAAGCUCACAUGGUAAAAAUAUCAAACAUGUUGUUGACUUUUCUGGUGCAGCUGCUGCUGACUUUUAUGAUCCUGAUCAGCCUCUAUGGGGUAAUGCUUCUCAUACGCCAGCUGGACCUCAACCAAAUGAUUCUUUGUUGUUGGAUGCUAGUCCAUCUGAUAACCCUGAUCAUGAACUCUUUGUAAGCACGGGUACAAGAUCUUAUGCACAGGGUACAAGUAGAAUGAAAACGGAAGAGAAUAUGCAAAAAAACGAGAGUGGAAAUGGGCGUAAGCCUUCACAAAAGGCACAACGGACGUUAUUUUUGAAUGGUAUUCCACAUCAAAACAACAAAAGGGAAACCCUAAUUUCCCAUUUUAAAAGAUUUGGGGAGGUUAUUGAUAUAUAUAUUCCAUUAAAUAGCGAACGAGCUUUUGUUCAGUUUUCCAAAAGAGAAGAAGCAGAAGCUGCUUUAAUGGCUCCGGAUGCUGUAAUGGGAAAUCGCUUUAUUAAGCUAUGGUGGGCUAAUCGUGACAACAUACCAUUCAAAAGAAAAGAUGAUUCCCUGCAUAAUGACAUAAAUGCCCCUGUCCUUGUCUCUGUGUCUGCUUCUGAUCAUCCUCCAAAGCCUGUGGCUGUGGUUGCUAAUGGCAAUAAACAACCUCCUCCACCUUUGCAAAAGAAGCUGGAGAAUUUAGAGGUUUUGAAGGAGGAAUUAAGGAAAAAACAAGAAAUGCUUGAUCAGAAAAGGAAUGAUUUCAGGCGCAAGCUUGAUAAACUUGCAAAACAAACUACAUUUCUAAAAGGUGAAGUGGCACCUGAACAGGUUGCUAAAAAACAAAAAUCGGGAGGUUUAGCUGAUUCUACAAAGGCUGCAAGCAGUGAUCGUGAUACCAUUCUACCAUCACCUCCUGAUGACGUGGCAGCUAAUACUAAUAGCAGCAAAUCUGUGGGUCCCACUCAGCCACAAAAUUACAAAACAACCCCCCUUGGAUUAUCAGCAUUGAAAGAAUCUCCAAGGUUGAAGUUGAAAUCACAAUCAUCUGUUGUUGUGACUGACACUGUGAGCAAUCAUCGGUUUAAGCUGGACAAUCGUCCAACCGCAUUUAAGAUCAUUCCACCUCUGCCAGAUGGCCUUGCUCAUGUUUCUGUUUUGAAGGAACAUUUUUCAGCAUAUGGUGAUUUUUCAAAGGUGCAGUUAGAUUUAGAUGAUGACACAAUCAAAACUUGUGCCACAAUAUAUUUCACAAGCCGACAUGCAGCUGAAAAGGCGUUUUUAAAUGGUAAAAAAUGGAAAGCUCACAACCUACACUUCACAUGGCUAAUAAAUUCCAAUUCCACCACUUGUAAACACCACAACUCAGAUUCUUCUUCUAACCAACCAACAUCUGUGGUGCUUGAAAUUCCUAAAACUGAUUAUUCCCAAAAACUCUUGCUGUCAUCAUCAUCUCGAGAUGGAGAAUUGGAUAAAAGGGAACUUGUCAAGGAACCAGAACCACAAGAAGAAGAAGAAGAAAGUAAUCAAUCAGUCUAAUUUCAGUAAAGUAAACCCUAGUUUGGUUUGGUUUGGUUGGGUUAGGUUAGGUGUACAGUCAGUCAGUCAGGUAAAUGGUAUACCAAAGUAGUAGUUUUUUAGUGUUAAGUUUUAGACUUAGCAAUUAAUUGCUCAAUUUUGUAGUGUCUCCUCUCCACUCAUCUGUCGUGCUUGCAGUUAAGUUUAGUUUGUAAAGGGAAUUCUUAACUGCUCUCUCUCUCUCUCUCUCUCUCUCUCUCUCUCUCUCUCUCUCUCUCUCUCUGGU